UGUGCAUCCCCCGCGGGUAUACUCAGGAGACACCACUACAUACCACAGAGGCUGGUACAGACCAUCUUGGAACGCUCUUUCCCACCCAUUUAGGAGUGGCCAGGGCAGGGAGCAGGAAUGCUCCGCUUUGAAGAGCCUGCCUUAAAGCACCGGCUGUUCCUCCACCGCUAGGGCGCCCCGGGGAACUCUGGGGGCCGCCGAGAAUGAGUACUGGGCUGGGGGUUGGGCUGGGAGAGCUAGGGACCGACUUUUCAGGAAGUUGAGUCCGCGACAGCCUGGGAGAUUCGAUCCGGGAGUGCCCGCGGCCGAGACCGCGGUGGCCCCGCCCCGCGGAGUCCAGGUGCUUAGCACUACAUUGUUUGUGUUUACGGAGCGGCGCUGGGCGCGGCGGGGGCUUGAGGAGGUGUUUCUGUCCUCUCCGCGCCGGCCUAUCCCGGGCUCUAAUUCCCGCCGUAGUUUGUUCCCUCUUCCCCGCGAGCAGUUAGUUUAUCCCGGGAUGGCCCACUGCCCUUGGCACCGUCAGCCCAAGUAGGGGCGGAGGGUGGAGAGGCGUGGGGCGGCCCCAGGGAGGAGCCGGCUGAGGGAGGGAGGGCCAGUGAGUCAGGCGGCUCACUCCGAGAACCAGCCGGGGCCAGGCCGACUCUGCCGCCCAGCACUCCUGUCUCCUCAGCACCGGCACGGGCCAGCACACGAUCCCCUACCGAGGCAUGGAGAAGCCGGCGCCCUCGGCUGUGUUGCCCUUCUCGGACCCGGCACACGCCCUGAGUCUGCUCCGGGGGCUGAGCCAGCUGCGCGCCGAGCGCAAGUUCCUGGACGUGACCCUGGAGGCGGCGGGCGGGCGCGACUUCCCCGCGCACCGAGCGGUGCUGGCGGCGGCCAGCCCUUACUUCCGCGCCAUGUUCGCGGGCCAACUUAGGGAGAGCCGAGCCGAACGGGUGCGGCUGCACGGCGUGCCGCCCGACAUGCUGCAGCUGCUGCUGGACUAUAGCUAUACGGGCCGGGUGGCGGUGAGUGGGGACAACGCGGAGCCCCUGCUGCGCGCCGCCGACCUGCUGCAGUUCCCGGCCGUGAAGGAGGCGUGCGGGGCCUUCCUUCAGCAGCAGCUCGACCUGGCCAACUGCCUGGACAUGCAGGACUUCGCUGAGGCCUUCAGCUGCGCGGGGCUAGCAGGCGCGGCGCAGCGCUUUAUCCUACGCCACGUGGGCGAGCUGGGAGCUGAGCAGCUGGAGCGCCUGCCCCUGGCCCGCCUGCUGCGUUACCUGCGCGACGACGGACUCUGCGUGCCCAAGGAGGAGGCCGCCUACCAGCUGGCCCUGCGCUGGGUGCGGGCCGACCUGCCGCGCCGAGCCGCGCACUGGCCACAGCUGCUGGAGGCCGUGCGCUUGCCCUUCGUACGCCGCUUCUACCUGCUGGCGCACGUGGAGGCCGAGCCGCUAGUGGCGCGCUGCCCGCCGUGCCUGCGCCUGUUGCGCGAGGCCCGUGACUUCCAGGCAGCGCGCUAUGAUCGCCACGACCGUGGGCCCUGCCCCCGCAUGCGUCCCCGCCCCUCCACCGGCCUGGCUGAGAUCCUCGUGCUCGUGGGCGGCUGUGACCAGGACUGUGACGAGCUGGUCACCGUGGACUGCUACAAUCCGCAGACCGGCCAGUGGCGCUACCUGGCUGAGUUUCCAGAUCACUUGGGCGGGGGCUACAGCAUCGUGGCUCUGGGCAACGACAUCUAUGUCACAGGAGGCUCCGACGGCUCGCGGCUCUACGACUGCGUCUGGAGGUACAACUCGAGCGUGAACGAGUGGACGGAGGUGUCCCCCAUGCUGAGGGCCCGCGAGUACCACAGCUCCUCGGUGCUGGACGGCCUGCUCUACGUCGUGGCCUCGGACAGCACGGAGCGCUACGACCACAGCGCCGACGCCUGGGAGCCGCUGCGGCCCAUGCCCUACCCCAUGGACAACUGCUCCACCACGGCCUGCCGCGGACGCCUCUUCGCCAUCGGCUCCCUGGCGGGCAAGGACACCAUGGUGAUCCAGUGCUACGACCCGGACAGCGACCUCUGGUCCCUGGUCAACUGCGGCCAGCUGCCGCCCUGGUCCUUCGCGCCCAAGACCGUCACCCUCAACGGGCUCAUGUACUUCGUCAGAGACGACUCUGCCGAAGUGGACGUGUACAACCCCGUGAAGAACGAGUGGGACAAGAUCCCCGCCAUGAACCAGGUUCAUGUGGGGGGCAGCCUGGCGGUGCUGGGCGGGAAGCUCUACGUGUCCGGCGGCUACGACAACACCUUUGAGCUCUCGGACGUGGUGGAGGCCUUCGACCCCGAGACGCGGGCAUGGAGCGUGGUGGGGCGCCUCCCGGAGCCCACCUUCUGGCACGGCAGCGUCAGCAUCUUCCGCCAGUUCAUGCCUCAGACCACGUCCGACGGGCACGGCUUCGACCCAGACGCCAACGACUGGAGCUCGAACCGAGCCCGGCCGCGGCCGCAGGAGGUGAACCUGAACGCGCUGCACUAGCCCCGGCCCUCGGGGACGCCGCUCGGCUCCCCGCCGCCAUCUUCGUUCUCGGGGCGCCCGUGGGACGCGGGGCCGGCUCUGAAAGAGCCCCCCUCCUCGGCUCAGUGAGCACGCGCCUUCCCGAGUCAGCUGACGCACGUGCCCGUUUCCUGGGCGCUGGCGCCGUCUUCAGAGCGGCCGGGCACAAAGCCGGGGGCUAGGAGGGAGCCCGCUGGACGCCGGUGGCAGAAAAGGCCUCGAUGGCCUUGUUUGUAAAGGGCUGCCCUCGCUCUGAAGGCUGAAGGACUGGCCGGAGAAGCGGGAGGACCCGGGUUCAAGCCCCAGCUCAGACACCCGCUGGGCGAGUGUCUGUGCACGGGCGGAGGAGGGCUCCCCCCAGGACUUCUGAGGAAAUCCGCCCUGGGAUUUUUGAAGUCACGUUUUACAUUUCUAACCUCAUCUGAAGGGACAGUUUUGCCUUGAUCAGGACUCCCUGGCAGGGGAUAGCAGUCCGACAGACAGACAGACAGACAAUCAGCCCGGGGGAUUGGAAGCCUUUUCCAAGUGCUGAGUCUUGCCGCGCUCCUUCGGCAGGAGGGGGCGACGCCGCCUGGUCGGCUGGCGCCCUCCCGGGCACGGUGCCCGCAGGGUCGAGUGAGGGAUUUCCCGCUAGAGAAAGUGGCCUCCAGAGGGAGGCCGGCUGCCCCGCUGGCCUUCGCCCCGGGCGGGCACGGCCGGUGCUGGUGCGUGCGUGUCGCGGCACUCAGCUGAAUUUGCCUUAUAGGACGGGAGAGAGAAUUCUCUGACGCCCCCGGAAUGGGGAAGCCUUCUGUAAAGCGCUCCAAUGUGUGCGGAUCCUCCGGGGCUUCUUCCAGGCCAGAACCAAAGUGUGGAGUGGCUUCGUGUAUUUAUUUUGUGUGCCGGAUUCCGUGUCCCGCGUCGUGUGUGAGGGAGGCCCCGCGGCCGUCCCGUACUUUUUUGAAAUAAAGUCAUUUCCUAUA